CAUAUUAUCUCUACUACAACAUGCUAAAAGUUGAAGUUAAAAUAUUUUUAUUUUUAUUAAUCCUUUAUCAAUCUGCAAAUAUAAUUAACACCCAGAAAACCUGGACCUAUGAACUACUUGAACUUGAUUUUAAAACUAGCGACAAGGAUUUCAUUGAUGCCGAACUAGAAGUUUUACGUAUAGCACGCGGUGUUUUUGGCAUUAAUGGUUUUAUCGAUAUUAAAAAGCCCAUAGAUAAUUCGUUUAGCAUGGAAGUGAUUUUCUUUCGUGAUAAAUACUGUCAGGAAAAUUAUGAAAAACAACUUUAUUCGGUGGGCAAACAACCGUUCGCCGAUGGCAUGAAUAAAUUCUACAGAAGAAUUUUAAUGGACAGUUUAAGAAAUUGUACAACCGAUGCACCCAUAUUUGAUAAAUUCGAACCACCUCUAACGAAACGUUUAAUUAUUUUCGAUAAAUGUCAAAUCUCAACGGAUAAUUUACCCUCACAUGUGGAUGAUGGUUGUUAUUUAGUGAAUCUAAAUGUUUACGGAGAAGUUGAAGUUAAUUUUUCCGGAAAACUAGCUGUAGAAAGAGUUAUUGGUUUUAAUAUUUUAAUCGUUUUGAAUUUUAUGAGAAAAUUAUUUGUUUGGCAUUGUUACAGGAAAUAUUGGAAUAAAAAAAUUUUAAUUUAAAAGCUA